GCUCGAUUAACGUCUUGAACGGGUAAAAUCUUCCAACGAGUCUCUAGUCUACAGUUAUGUGGGAGUCGGAUGGCAAUCAAGAACUGAAGGACAAGAAUACGGAGCGAACAGUUUCUGGAAAGCUGAGAGAGAAAACGAGAAAAGGAAGACCUAGAAAAUCAUUCACAAAGGCUACAGCAACACAGAAACAGUCUGCCCUGCAGUCAGCUCCAGUACAAGAAUCUCUUUCCCAACAAACACCUUCUCAGACUCUACAGUCAGUUCUGCAGCCAACGACCACAAUAUUGCAACCUAUAGAAACAACGAGUGAGCCACUACACACACUGCCUCAGUUGGCGCAGCUAGUACAGAAACUGUAUCCACUACCAGAGGAGCAUGAAACAGUAAAAACAAUGCCACAGCUGCCAACAACUCAACCUUCACAGACAUCAAUGCAGCUCCAAGGAGCUGUCCCUCAGUCUCAACAAACUGUGUCUCAGUCCUCACAAAUGGUGAUGCAAUCACAGAUCACAAAAUCCCAGCCCGUGAAAAUUGCUAUGCCGCCUCUAAACACUAUACCACAGCUUUCCCACACAGUGUCGCACCCAUCACAAACAGUUUUGCAGCCAACGCAAAGUUUGCUUCAACCACCGCAAAGUCUGCUACAGGCUUCACGAGCUUCGCUUCAGCCUCCACAGACACUCUUUCAGCUUCCACCAACGGUGCUCCAAGUAGCACCCCAACCACUGCAGACAGUGUUUCCUGCUCCAAAUAACACUCUUCGACCUCCGCAACUGGCAGGGCAGCAACCUCCUCACUCUGGACCAUUGGAGGGUUCCCCAUCUUUAGCUUCCCUCGCCCAGUUCACUCUGCCUCCAAAUCUGUUUCCCUCACCAUUCUUAAACAGCACUAUCCAAGCACCUCUCCAACCUAGUGUUCUGUCUUCUCUUACAGGCCCUCAUUCAUCCACCGUGAAUUUGCUUAGUACUCUACAAGAUGACAGGCUCGGCUUGAUCCUUCCAGUGUUAGUGAGGAUGGAACAUAAGAUAGAUCAAAUUAUGGCGAUUAUUGGCGCUAAAUACAGUCUUGGAAUAAACGGGCUGCAACCAGAAAACAAGCUUAAUCCCAACUUGAUAGACAACCAGUGCAAAAGUGACAUUGCGGAAAACCAAUCAAAUUUUGUCACGAUAGGAAACGGAUCGAUUGAAUCAAAUACAGAAAGUAAUUCCACUACUGCUUCAAUGGCAAAUCAGUUAAAUACAGAUAAGAUGAUUAACAAUUCGAAUAUACCUUCGCUAGGUAAACAGAAAGAAUGUUUUACGAAGGAAGACCCAGCGGUUAGCGUACCUAUCAAAUCUCAGUCAACAGAACGCCAGUCAACUGCAUCAACGUUGAAUUCUACGCGGCCUAAUGCUAACUUCACUGAAACACACCCGGGUGACAGAGCGAUGGAGAUCGGUGAUGCAGACAUUGCUAUGGAAUCAAUUAGCGCUGAAGCUUCCACUUUAACUUCCUCUUCUAACGUUACGAAUUUGCAUCCUGGUUCAUCCACAGUUCAAGGCCGUCUAAUUCAACGUAAAAUGGCAAAAAUAACUGAGCUAACGCUUCCUGAAAAUUCCAACUUUCCUGUUUCACGCGACGAUAUUAUUGCCAUGCAGGCCAAGUCCACCUCCACGAUGAAUUUUGCCGUGCGCCUGAUGCGUGAAUUGUUUACCUUGGAGGAACUUGAUGGGAAAAACAUUUCAGGAGCCAGAGGAAAAGACAGAGUAGAUCCGAACAGAGUUGAAAUCAUCAAAGAAAUUGUCUUCCAGGUUUAUCGAACGUUACCAUCUGACAGAGAUAUGGUGUGGAGGUGCUGUCGCAAAGCGAUGGACUCCUUUAUGCGUCGCAUGAAACGGGAGCGUGCGCUGAAAAGCAAAACCACUUCUGCCGCAACUAUUUAACGUGAAUUUCGAGACAGAUCCAAUUAUCCGCUUAUUUUCUAAAGUGCUGUCAGUGGGAGAUCCUCUUCUUAUUUUAUCUGUUUUUGUACUUAUUAUUUUGUAAUUAUCUUCAUUAUUAUCUUCUGCAGUUUCUUUCACUAGUUUGGAAAAAAGUCAAGGUGGUUGUUGCGAAAAAUUAGAAAUGUAAAAGGAGCGUUUGUUUUAAAGCUCAUUAAGCGCACACCGUCUUAAAGUUGUUUUUGCGAGGUAGCUUUCCCGCCAAUUCCUCUGCUUGUACACUGAGAACAUGCAGAGGAAAUAAUUGGUUAAAACGCUCCAUGUUUCGAUUGGUUGAAGUCAGCAUUUGCUAUCCUAAUUAGGUGUGCCGACUCUUUUACUUAGCUUGACUUGUUUAAUUGACGCAGUCUCGUCCUUUAAACUAUUUAACGAUUAUUCGAUGAUGUUCAUUGAGCCUGAGGAAAAUAGCUGUUUUACUCUAAAGGUGACCAUUAAAGCAACUACAUUUUCUUUCAUU